AUGGCAGUCGGUGCUUUUGUAGAGCCGCUUGUCGUCGUGGCUCUAUUGUUCGGCGGCGCCUGGUUCAACAGAAACAAAGAGUACGACUUUAGAGAAGGGCGUGCGGCGUGGGAGUCCAUCGACGGGACAUGCAAGAGGAGCGAUGAGUUCUGCCAACCAAGUUCAUCGCAAGAGAGCCUUCUCUCGGCAGACGACAGCUGGACCAAACACCCAUCACCCUCGAUAAACGACGUUCCUACCCUGCGCCGUCGCAAGAUACAGCUAUUUGGUUACAACAAGACGGUAGCCUCGCCCAACACACUGGUCUUCAAGCACCGUUUUCUCAGUCGCGUCCUGCAAAAGUUUCCUUUUCUCGUCGAGGCCUGGUACUGGGCUCUCAUCUACUGGGUAUACCAGCUUGGUCGAGCCUUUACCGCCGUUACUCUUGUUGAAGACACAGUCAAUGUAGCCCGCCGCCACGCUCUCCAAGUCAUCCAUCUUGAACAGCGGCUUCACGUGUUUUGGGAAGUUCCCAUCCAAAAGUGGUUCAUGCAGCACCCGGCAUUGGUGCAUUGGAUCAACCGGGUCUACUCAUUUAUUCACAUCCCCGGCACCAUUUUCUUCCUGGUUGCUUUGUACUAUAUAACAACGACUCGAAAAAACCGUGCCAUGAGCCAUAAUGUCACUGCAGGCCCAGCAUUGUACGAGGCCCGGCGACGCACCAUGGCCAUGUGUAACCUGUUGGCCUUUGUCGUCUUCACCCUGUGGCCUUGUAUGCCACCAAGGUUACUGAGCGACCCCGGUUUCGAUGGAGACGGCGCGGCAGAAGCCAAGGGUUUUGGAUUUGUCGACACGGUGCACAGUUCUGACGGCCAGAGUAGUGUUUGGACGACGAAUAGAUUCUGCAACCAAUAUGCCGCUAUGCCUUCGUUGCAUUUUGGAUACUCGCUGCUUAUUGGCUUGACCAUCGCGACGCUUCCGGUUUCUGGUGUCCGCGCGACAUCGUGGAAACGAUUGUCGAUUAUUGGGCUUGGAAUGGCAUAUCCAGCCCUCAUCCUGACGGCCAUCGUGGCGACGGCAAAUCACUUCAUCCUCGACGCAGUUGCCGGAGCUGUUGUGUGCGGCAUUGCUUGGAAGACCAACGGCUUAUUGUUGAACCUUUGCGUAAUCGAAGACUACUUCCUGUGGAUGGUCCGAAUCCAUAAACCUGUCAACUAUACCGAUCCCGAAACUGCGGUGGAGGCACAGUUUCACAGCAAAAUUUGGGGCGAGGCUUAG